AUGUAUGUGAAAUGGUUUGAUACAGGAAUGUUUUACUAUGUGAUUUUAGUGUAUUUAGUGAAUGUCACUUUUUGUCAUUUUCAAAUUUCCCGCCAGUUCCAUCCCCCGUACGUCCCGACGUCACAGGGGACAGAACCCAGAAGACAGAUGCCGGCCUCGGCCGGAGGACAUUGUCGGGGACACUGCAGGGGGGGACAUCGCGGGAGCGCAGAGCGCAGGACAAGGUAAGUGAAGAAGAGAUCCCGGAGCAGCGCCGCAUGGUAAGCCCGAGUGUAGCUCGGGGGGGUACCGCUUGUGCUACACUCGGGAAUACCGCCAGGGGGGUUACG